AGCAGCACCAGUCAUCACACCUCUCUGGUCUCGACACCUCCCCAGUGGUCUCACAAUGAAGUCGGCAAUCUUUGUCUGUUUGGUGGCGGCGGCGGCCGCUGCACCGCAGGACUAUUAUCAGCAGCAGCCAGAGAUCAGACUGCUGUCGUACCGGUUCAACUCGGACGACAAGGGCAACUACGAGUACGGAUACGAACAGGACAACGGACAGAAGGUGGAGGAGGUCGGCAAGAGCAUCCCCGGCUACGAGCCCGAGACGGGCUCCAUCUCCAAGGUGGGCUCGUUCGAGUUCGUCUCGCCGGAGGGCCAGCAGUUCCGCGUGGACUACACGAGCGGCGAGGAGGGCUUCCUGCCGAGCGGCGCCCACCUGCCGGUGGCGCCUGCGCAGCUGCCCGAGUACCAGGCCCACCAGCAGCAGUUCCCGGAGCUGUACUGAGACGCCCGUUACACUGCCGGACCGUUCUGAACGUCUGACCACGCACGACCAUCUCCGGUGCUUGUGCUCAGCACGGGACGAGCUGACACUGAACCUGCCGAUUGGAACAUGCUCUUUUUUCUUCGCUGUUAAUAUAUUGCAAUGUUUA